UUCUAAAAUGUAUUACAAAUUGUUUACAAAAUUAGAUUAAUUGUGAUUUGAAGUCUUUUUUUACUAAUUUAUUUAAAAAAUGACAAGAGAUGAGUUGAUUUGUGGUCGUAUAAACAUCGGUGAAGAGGAUGAGCUGAUUAUUGAAGGAUAUAUGCCGUCACACAUUCGCACCAUUUUCUUCCUAAUAUUGAUUAUCAUUUCUUGUGGUACUUUGCUUAUUGUCAUCUCAUGGAAACCAUCACUAAGAAUAAGAUUGACUCACAGCCGGUGUUCAUUAGAUCAAUCAAAUUCUGUUAUUUUAAAAGACAUAUUUGGUGAAGAAUACGUGGAAAAAGUUGAAAAAAUGAUUCAGGGAUGUAAUAGUGCCGCCAAUUGUAUACAUUUUUAUCAUAAAAAAAUUAAAUACAUUUGGAGAAUGGAAAUCAAUCAAUUUGUUAAAUUAAAAGGAUUGGAAUCGAGUAAAUGUGGAGUAAUUUAUUCAAUGAUUGAAGGCUUAAAUACUAAUGAAGUUUUUCUUCGCACACAACUAUAUGGACUGAAUUCAAUAUUAGUUGAAAUUAAGCCUAUUUUCAAACUUAUCAUAGAAGAGAUUUCGGGACCAUUUUAUAUCUACCAAAUGUUUAUAUUCACAAUUUGGAUGAUUCAACUCUACUAUCAAUUUUCAGUUUGCGUUUUAUUACUUUCAAUAUUUUCGGUUACUCUUCAUGUUUGGCAAACAAGAAAACAAUCGUUAGCACUGAAGAAGAAGGUCCACUCAGAAUCGGAAAUAACUGUUAUAAGAGAUGGAAGUUCUGUAAAGCGAAUGUCCAAAGAGUUGGUUCCGGGAGAUGUCAUACUAUUGUCCACUUCAAGCAAGUGCUUCACUAUGGAGUGCGAUGUAGUCCUCAUGAGUGGCAACUGUAUUAUGGAUGAGAGUAUGCUUACCGGUGAAAGUGUUCCCAUAUCUAAAGUAUCGCUAACUGACGAUUUAAGUUCAUUAUACUCUCCAAUGACACACAAAAUAAAUACAUUGUUUUGUGGCACAAAAGUUCUUAGCGUACAAUCAAGUGAUUCUCAUUAUGUCAAAGCUAUAGUUGUGAGAACAGGAUUUUUCACAACAAAAGGAGAGUUAGUACGAAGUAUAUUAUUCCCAAAACCCGUUAAUUUUAAGCUUAAAAAUGAUUUAUUAAAAUGUAUGACAAUAUUCUUUUGUUUGGGGAUUCCGUGUAUGGCUUAUACCACUUACUGUUUCUUGCAAUACGGGGCCCGUAUCGGUGAUAUAGCAAUAAUAGUGUUGGAUGUGGCCACUUUCCUGGUGCCUCCAUUAUUACCGGCAGUGAUGACCAGUAUUAAUGCACACUCACAGAGACGGCUCAGUAGUAAAGGUGUGUUUUGUCUCAAUUCAAAUGCUAUCAGCAGUUGUGGUGGCAUUGAUGUCAUGUGUUUUGAUAAGACGGGAACUUUAACCGAAGAUUCAAUAAAUUUGUUGGGCGUUAUACCAGUUAAUGACAAAUCAUUUACUCCUCCCGUUCGUAAUAUCUCUCAGUUAGAUAUAGACAGCAAAAUAUUGCUAUCAUUGGGCGCCUGUCACUCGUUGAGUGAACACGAGGGCAAAGUAGAUGGCGAUGGACUGGAUUUAAAUUUAUUUGAUACUAUAAAAUGGGAAUUUAAAAGUGAUUAUUAUUCCUAUAAUAAUACAGCUUUUGAAAAAAAUCCCGAAAGAAUUGUUGGACCAAUUGUCGAAUGUGUGGACACAAGUCCUGAUUUAUUAGUUUAUGGUAUUGUCAAACAAUUUCCGUUUGAAUCAUUACUUCAGCGGUUACUUGUUAUUGUGAAACAAGCAUUCACUGAUCAUUAUGUGGUUAUAGUUAAGGGAGCGCCUGAAUUGAUUGCUUCGUUUUGCAAUCAGACAUCACUUCCUGAAGAUUAUUCAAUAGUAUUAGAGUCCUAUACAAGAGAUGGACUAAGAGUAUUAGCCACUGCUUCUAAAGAGAUUGACGUCAAUUUGGAAACAGCUCUUACAUUAAGUCGAGACGAACUCGAAUCUGACCUCAAUUUUGAUGGAUUUCUUGUAUUUCAAAAUCCACUCAAAAGUAAUACCAUUUCUGUAUUGAAAACAAUAAAGAAUGCAAACAUUCGCUCAAUUAUGAUAACCGGUGAUAACUUAUUGACUUCAAUAAGCGUUGGCCGAGAAUGUGGUCUCAUUGAUGAAUGCGAUUCUGUGGUUAAAGUAGAUGUCGAGCUCUAUGAGAGUCCAAAUCUAAAUCAAGCUCUUCGUGUUUUCUAUAGUUAUAUAAAACUUCCCGGUUUUAGUGAAAAAAUUAAUUUGAAAACAAAUGGAGGACUUGAAGAAACUCUUCUGCCAAACAUUACACAAAAUGGUCGAUACCAUAUGGCUAUUGAAGGCAAAGUGUUUGAUCUUAUCCGACAAAAUGAUUUAAAAUUAUUGAAUCAAAUUGUUCAUAAGGGAACUAUUUUCUCAAGAAUGACACCUAAUUUAAAAUUACAAGUCAUUGAAAUACUUCAAAAACAGGGACAUCAGGUCGGGAUGUGUGGCGACGGUGCAAAUGAUUGCGGAGCUCUGAGGACAGCCAACGCUGGCAUUUCAUUAUCAGUGGCCGAAGCAUCAGUUGCCUCACCCUUUACUUACAAACAAAAAGACAUAUCAUGUGUACCAAUGCUUAUAAGUGAAGGCAGAGCUACCCUAUCAGCCACUAUCGGUGCCUUUAAAUACCAAGUUUGCUAUUGUUUUGUAUUACUCGGAGCUGUUCUCUUGUUAUUCUGGGAGGGAAACAAACCAUCAGAUGGAACGUAUGUUUUUGUGGAUAUUAUUUUAAAUAUAUUACCUCCAGUUGUAUUCGGAACCACCAAAUCUUACCCUAUUAUUGUCAAACAACUCCCGACGCGAACUAUUCUCAGUUUUUUGCCUCAAUUCUCAAUGUAUUCAUUCAUUAUAUUUCAAGUUAUUAUAUAUCUGGGAGUCAAAUAUUUGACUGUUUCUCAAAUUUGGUAUGAACCGUUCAAAUUUGAAAUAUCGCGAACACAUACCUCAGAGGCGUCACAAAUAUCUUUAGCCAUCUUCUCUGUAAAUAUGAUUUCUUAUAUUAUUUCAGCCAUUAUUUUCAGUCCCGGACCUCCUUAUAGAAGUGAUAUCUUUACAAAUAAGUGGUAUUUAGUGGUCGUAUUAAUUAAUUUUGCAUUAGUCUCAUGUGUUGUAUUAUAUCCACCAAACUUUGUUUUGACAUUUUUAAAUUGAUUAUACUUCAGGGAAUUGUAU